CUUUUAUUGGGUUUGUGGGGUGUAAUAUCUGCUCCGCCGGUGGAAGUGGUCUCAGCUCUCAAAGUAGAAUAUGAGUUGAGCUGCUCAGCAACAUUAGUUAUGAUGAUCUGUUUGUUAUUCAACAACCCUUUGUAACUGUGGAUGUAUUUUGGGGCCUAAAAGGCCAAAACCCUCCCAAAGACUAAAACCGCGUGAUUCCAGCCUUUUAGCCAACCCACAAAGGUGCUGAGAAUGGAAAAUCGUUCUGCACCUUUCCUUUCAAGAAAAUGCCUCAAGAAACCAAUAAAGAAUAGAAAUCACUUUCCUUUCUCGCCCCCACAGCCCCCUCUAAUAGCCAGUUCUUGAUCUGAACCAUUGGAUUCCUAUUCCCCUCUCCAAAACCCCAUCUUUGACCAUUCUUUUAAUUAUAUGUCUCAUCCGUCAACGCUGGACACUGAAAGGAAUAGAACUGCAGAUGAGACAGAAGAGAUAGAGAAGGAGAAGAGUCGUGCUACUACUUUUCAAGAACAGCAAGAAACCACCAUCUCUGAGCUUCUGAUUCAUUCCCAUUCUGCAAAGGUAUAGUUUUGUCUCUAUACCAAGAAUCCCUAAUUUUGUCUCUUAUAUACAUAAACCAAAACACUUGCAGCCACGUUCGCCGCAUCUGGGUGGCGUAUAUACCCAUUCUUAUCUACGUAUACAGACACACGCACUUGCAUAUGAAUGUGAGGGAAGGAGUGGGGAUUUGAAGGUGGGGACGAAAAUGGUGCGGCAACAGUGGAGAGUGGUUUGGGUCAUAAUGUUUCUGUUGCUGGUUGACUCUACAUUCGAACAGUCGUUGAGUUCAAGAAAUGAGAAAUUGGCUUUGCUGCAGUUGAGAACAUCUCUAGGGCUGCGGGCUAAAGAGUGGCCUAUAAAGCUUGACCCUUGCUCGGGAUGGGUUGGUGUUCAUUGUUCGAGUGGUAGGGUAGUGGGGAUCAAUAUCAGCAGGUUUAAGCGCACACGAAUUGGAAGUCAAAACCCUCAAUUCUCAGUGGAUGCCCUACAGAAUUUAACUAGAUUGACAACUUUUAAUGCCUCUUUUUUCUUGCUUCCUGGCUCUGUCCCAGAAUGGUUUGGCCUUAGAAUGACUUCUCUUCAAGUUCUUGAUCUCACCUCCUGUUCAGUCACAGGUUCUUUGCCGGCCUCUCUGGGAAACUUGAGUAGUUUAACUGAGAUUCAUUUGUCACGGAAUGGACUUACCGGGAUGGUUCCUACUAGUUUGGUUCAACUACCCAACCUUUCUGUUCUUGAUUUAUCACAGAAUGCACUUAAUGGGGUCAUUCCCCCUGCCAUUGGAAGUUUGUCAAAGUUGAGAUUCUUGAAUCUUUCUGGAAACAGUUUGUCUUCUUCAAUACCGUCCGAUAUCAGCAAUCUUUCUAGUCUCACUGUCCUUGACCUCAGCUUCAAUACACUCUCUGGGAUUUUGCCUGCUAAUUUAUUUCUUCCUUUAACUAAGUUGAAGUCCUUGUCAAUGGAUCAUAAUAAUUUUACUGGUCCCUUUCCUGCUGCAUUGUGGUCAAUGCCCGCAUUGCAAUUCCUUGAUGCCUCUGCAAAUAGAUUCACGGGAAGUCUGCCUAACCUCACUUUGACUGCCACUGCUUCCACUGCAUUUUUUAACCUUUCACAGAAUGAGUUUUAUGGAUACCUCUCCACUGUGGUUCGCGGAUUUAGUUUUAUCGAUCUGUCGAGUAACUAUUUCGAAGGCAAAGUUCCUAGCUUUGUGCAUGGAAAUGUGUCUAUAAGCAGAAACUGCCUCCAAAAUGUGAAAAGUCAAAGGGGUGGAAGUGAAUGUGGUUCGUUUUACAAGGCAAGGGGACUGAUGUUUGAUUCUGGGCAGUCAAACACCACCCAACCUCUCCCUCCUCCUCCUCCUCCUCCUCCACCACCACGAUCCAAUAAGAGCCACAGAAAAACAAUUAUAUUGGCAUCUGUAUUAGGCGGCGUUGGAUUGUUGAUAGCCCUGAUUUUGAUUUUUUCCUCGGUGCUGUUAAUAUGCAAACGGAAGAGCACGGCUACUCAAAGAGGUACGGGGGUGGGACCCGUUCCUACAGGAUCAACUCCUCCCCCUCCUUCUGGAUUGUCAUUGAACCUUUCAAGUUUAGGAGAUGCAUUUACUUAUCAGCAGAUUCUUCAAGCCACCUCAGAUUUCAAAGUUGAAAACUUAAUGAAGAAUGGACAUUCCGGUGAUCUUUUCAGAGGUUUGUUAGAAGGUGGGGUCCCUGUGGUCAUAAAAAGAAUUGAUUUGGAGUCGGUGAAGAAGGAGGCGUACUUGGUGGAGCUGGGCUUCUUCAGCAAAGUCUCUCACGCAAGGAUAGUUCCUCUUUUGGGGCAUUGCUUGGAGAAUGAGAACCAGAAGUUUUUGGUUUACAAGUACAUGCCAAAUGGAGAUCUCUCAAGCUCUUUGUUUAAGAAAAAUGAUUCUGAUGAUGGCAGUUUACAGUCAUUAGAUUGGAUAACACGGCUGAAAAUUGCAAUUGGAGCUGCCGAGGCUCUAUCUUAUCUUCACCAUGAAUCUACUCCUCCCCUUGUGCACAGAGAUGUUCAAUCCAGUAGCAUACUGCUGGACGAUAAAUUUGAAGUGAGAUUAGGGAGCCUGAGUGAAGUUUGUGCACAAGAAGUAGAUACUCAUCAAAAUAGAAUUUCCAGAUUGCUACGAUUCCAACAAACAUCAGAUCAAGGCUCGUCAGGGUCACAUUCCGCCUCAUGCACCUAUGAUGUCUAUUGUUUUGGGAAGGUGUUGCUUGAACUAGUGACUGGCAGACUAGGUUUCAGCGGGUCCGAUGAUGGCAACACGAAGGAGUGGUUGGACCGGACAUUGCCAUAUAUCAGCAUAUACGACAAAGAGUUGGUAACGAAAAUUGUGGACCCCUCUCUGAUCAUAGACGAAGACCUAUUGGAGGAAGUGUGGGCCAUGGCCAUUGUUGCCAGGUCAUGCCUCAAUCCCAAGCCUACAAGGCGGCCUUUGAUGAGAUACAUUCUUAAAGCUUUGGAAAACCCGUUGAAGGUGGUGAGGGAAGAGCACCACACAGCAGGGUCUGCCAGGCUCAAGGCCACCUCAUCAAGAGGUUCGUGGAACGGGGCCCUGUUUGGCAGCUGGCGGCAAAGCUCUUUGGAUGUGCACACAACAAAUAAGGCGGCAGAAGGGACGAGUAGUUUCAAACGUUCUAGAACUUCAGGCUCGCAAGGGAGCGGACCCAACGGUGGUGGGGAGGGAGGAGGGCAUUCGUCGUCGAGUAGGCGGUCGAAGGAGAUAUUCCCAGAACCAUUGGAUGAUGUGGCAAGACCAACUGAAUGAGUGAUCUUUGAUUUUGAUUCAUUGAUUGUUGUUUAUAAUAACACAGCAAGCUAGCUCCCCAUUCUUGGCAGCUUGGCUUCCAUUGGCUACUGUUGGAUGUAUAUUCUACUCUUCAUUUUUUUGGAGCUAAAUUUCUAGGUUCUUUUUUAAUUUAGAAAUUGUGAAUGAGAUGAUUGGUUAGUUUAACACCAAAAAGAUUGGUUGGAUCUGGAAGAUUUUUUUUUUGUCCACGGGAAAGAGCAAGGGACAGCAAGAGAUUGGCUG